AUGGACGAAAUUGUCGUUAGCAACGACCAGCGUCGCACUCAGCAAACCACAUUUCAACAAUACCAGCCGCCUGGCUCCCAACCAAAUGAGUCGCCGACCCCAACGCGGCAGGUUUCCACCGUCAUGGUAGGCGGCAAGCUCCAGGAGAAGAAGUAUGACUUGAUUGACGGCAAGUGGGUGCAGCUCACGGCUGCUGGCGUCCCGCGCAAAAAGCCCGGCCGCAAACCCGGCGCCAAUGUCAAGCCCAAGACGGAUGCCGAGGUCAAGACGAAGCGGCCCAGGAAACCGCGCGAAUCUGAUGCACCGCUCAUCCAGCGCAAGCGCAAGGUUGCCCUCACCGAUACGGAACAGGAUGACUCCGACGUAUCACGAGCCCCCGCCCACACAGCCGCUUCACCAAACUCUACCUCCCACAGCUUCCUGCAAACUUCUCCCACGCAAGCUCGUUCCUCGCCCAAGAUGCCCAAGCGCGAAGGCUAUCCCAGUUCCAUGCAGAAGAUUCUCAACGACGAUCCGCCACCUGCUGUCUCUGUACCUGUUCGCACCAGCGGCCAGAGCUAUGAUCCGAUCCGGGGCAUCUCGGGACCUGCGCGCGAUGCGCCCUCCCAUAAUCCAUACUCUCCCGCCUCGGGCUCCCCCAGAGCGCUCGCCAACGCCAAUAAAUCUCCAUCCAUUGCCAGUCUGCUGGAGCCCGCCGCUCCCAACAUGUCGCCUUCUAACUCGCACAACGGGUACCCUGCGUCCCGUCUAUCGGACGAUAGACCCUUGCAGGCUUCUCCCUCAAAUCAACCGCCUCGGCCAUUUGCUGCUCGUCCGGCUCCAGAAAAGUCAGACGCCCUCGAUGUGCCUCGGCCCGUCGUCAACCCGUCGAACUUCACAACGAUCGCCAACGGUCCCGUAAGGAAAGUGUCACCCAAGCACACUGGCGCAUCCACACCCAGAACAGACAUGGACGAACUUGGAACUGAAGGAGAUGGCCGCUCCAUCCUCGACUUUGGUAAAGCCAAACCAGGCGAGGAGGCUGAUGUGCCCACUAUUGUUUUGAGCAUCCCCAUCGUCCACGGCGAGACAAACAAAUAUGUCAACUUCUUGCGACUCGCAGAAGACCGCUAUGGCUGGGACGCUCUGCACCCCCGCCUGGCGGCCAACCGAGAUCGCAAAGCGCGUAUUGCCGCAGCUGCGGCCAACCUUGAAAGGAUCGAAUCGGGUAGAGAAUCUGGAGACGAAAUGUCCGUGGACCUGUCCGACGGCGAGGGUAGCAACCCCGAGGUCGCUGGCGCCAGCGGCACUGACAACCAGCCCAAGCCCACCAAGAAGAAGCGUAAUUUCAAGGAGGAUCAGUACGAUGUCGACGAUGAGUUUGUAGACGACUCAGAGAUGCUCUGGGAGGCGCAGGCCGCCGCCAGUCGUGACGGAUUCUUCGUCUACUCGGGGCCGCUGGUGCCCGAGGUUGAGAAGCCCCCAGCUGGUACUGAAGGUCCUGUUCGACGUGGCCGCGGCGGUCGUGGCAGCCGUGGUGGACGUGGAGGCGCGACGCGCGGCGCCGGCACCGGUCGGGGCGGCGGGCCGGGGUCUCGCGGUGGCAUAGUCCGCAAGCCGCGGAUCUCAAAGGCCGAGAGGCUGCUGCGCGAAAAGGAAAAGGCGGAGCGCGAUUCCAUGGCCCAAGUUCCCAGAACGCCAACGAGCAACUAUGUUGUGCCUAACCCGGCGCCGAUUCAGCUUGGCGUUUAA